AUGGAAGAAUCCAAGCGAGACACCGAAAUCGCAAGGUCGACGGAACAGCCCACGGAUAUUCAGAAGUCCCUGCCGGUAACGGCAUUGCCCGUCGGAGACAAACAAGUGCUGGAUACCGAAGGCGAAGAAGGACUCAAGAAUAAGGAAGGUUUGAAAUGUAUAGUGGAUGCCACUGGUAUUCAGGCGUGCGAGAAAGCACUAGAAGAUUCCAGCGAAGGAAGGGCGACACAAAAGGAAUCCAUUUCCGACAAACAACAAAAAAUGGAACCUCCUGGAGAAUCAGUCUCUACAUUCAACGAACAGGAAACAUCUCAGCUUGAAGACCGAAAGUUCCCAGCUGCUCCGCCGAAUUCGUUGGAAGACCAAUUGUCCGUGAACGUGCUCCCUGACGAAGCUGCUGCUGAAACAACUGUUUUGAUGGCCGACCUCUCCACUGAAAAAGAAUUUUCACCGCCACGGCUUUCAAAACUUUCGAAGCCGGCGAACAAAUUUGAUGCCGCCACAAUGGACCCGACUGCCGUUUCACUGGAAGAUGCCUUUGAUUCUUAUGCGUCGGUACGGAAACGAAAAUCGAAGAAAAGAGAAAUCCAGAUAAAGAUCUCAUCAAUGGCGACAGUGAAAGACGAAAGGAUGUCUUUUGGUGAAAUUGCCCCUGCUCGCAGGGGUUCUGCCCACCUUGUCUUUAGGACUGAGUUGCGCCCAGUAUGUGAGGUAGGAAGUGAGUUUUACGGAAUUUCUGGUCUUGCCGAUAAGUUUGAAGUAGAUAUGAAAGACUCGCUAUCAUUUUUUGAAGAGACGCAUGAGGAGCAAGAUGCGGCCUUCAAGGAGUUUCAGCUUAAACGUGGAUUGGAAGAGAUGCAACGAAAACUUCGCGAAGCCGAGAACGAGGACAAAAAAGGACAAAAGGAGAUAGCAGAGUUGAUUGGGGCCAUGGCAAAAGAUAAACAACUUUCGGCUGAACGCAGUUUUGAAAACUACAAGGCCAAAUACACUGACGAUGAGAGUCGAGACCUCCAGCGAUUGCAAGCCUACUACCAACAGAAAACGGCCUCCAGUCAAAAUAAAAUCAAUCAAGGUAUCAAAAUUCUUCAACGGCGUCAUCAGAGAAAUAUGCAACAAGCUAUUCAGCAGCAUCGGGAACAGGUCCAACAGCGCCACCUCCCGGAACAAAUGGCUUCUGCAGAAUGGCAAUCCACAUCUCAGCAGAUCCAAGCAAAGCAGCAAAGGGAAAUGCAAGACUUUAGUGCGAAAGGUGAAGAAAUUAAGGCCAAAACCGAUACAGAUUGCAGGCGAGAGCAGGAGAAGAUUCGCAAGCAGUAUGAACAAAAACGUCUGAAUAUCGAGAUCAACCGUAAAAAGCUAUUUUCGAAACUCUAUACUCAAUUCCAGCAGCUUCGGCAGCGCUAUCUCAAACGACACCUGCAAAUGGUGAUGCAGAGGAGAAAGAAUAUAGAAAAAGCUUAUGCUGUUGAGCACAAAACCAUUGAUACGGGAACGAAACCAUUGGGCAAUGAUAGCGCCUACACUCCAUUGGAGCUGGCAAAAAGCACGUUGCAAGAAAAACCUGAACAUCAACCACCGUCUCCGAUUAAAUUUUCUCACCGUUGGACUUCCCAUGAAAAGUGUCAUUCUGCUGGAGGUGGCGCACGGCACAAGCACAGAAAGGGAGUCAUGAGUCAGGCCAAUAGACAAAUAUCCAUCGAAAUACACAAUGAAGGGAUUUGGAUUUCCAGUCUCUCGAAGAGCUGUCAGCCAGAGGAAGGGGCAGAGAAUGCCAGCCAGGAUGAGCUACUUCCAUGGGGUACCAACGCCUAUAGUGUCCUCGAAUCCAUUAUAUGCGGCGAGGUUCCACAUUAUUUAGACACCUUUGAUUUUGGAGAAACAGCUACAGCUCAAGGCGGUCAACUUCGGUGCAUUCUCACAGAUCUUCGAACCAGCGAUGAGACAGCAUCAUCCCAGCGGUCCCUUGCUUUCAGGGAACAAGAGGACGCAAACUUGGCAAACCUUGAAAAGCAGGUUACCGAAUUGCUCGAAAAGACCUCCGAGGCAGAAAAGGCUGUGACACGAUGCAGCGAAGAAGAGAAACAAUGUCAUACUUCGUUACAAACUGCAUGUAAAGAAUUGGAGAAGGCCAAGAGGACGCAGGACGACUUCAGGUCAAAAUUUCGUAACUUUCUUGGCCCAGAUGGCAAUCCGAUUGCCACAGCCAAUCCAAAUGACAGACAAGAGCUCAUGAAGGCGAUGCUUCGAUAUAAAUCAAACCUUGAGAAUGCUAUGAAGAAUGAAAAGUCAGCCAAGCAGUCAUUGGAAGACACGCGGACCAGGCUCCAGAAGCUUCAACUGUUGAUGAAAGCUGGAUACAAAAAUUCAGGCAUCGCUACUAACGCAUUGAAGAAGAGGAAGACUGUUCUCGCUGCAGCGAGGGCGGGCCGAAGUAGUCGCUUCUCGAAGCAGUCAGAGGUCGCGGAUUCUGAGCGAGCAGCUGUUCGCGUAUCGGACAUUUUGUCUGCUCUAAAGAGGACUGCCGAAAAGAGACGCGAUCAAUCGAAUCAGAAAAAAAGCAGCAGCUUUAGUAGCGCCUGGAUUCAAUCUUUUCCUGGGCUACCUAGCUCAUUGAAAAAGAGUCUUUGGCACAAGAUGCAUCGCAGAAAGCAUCAAAUAGUGCUUCGUCCGACGCAGGAGUCAAUGAUUAACGACUUGCGUAAGUACGUGGAAACCAAAAUAGGUGGCGAGAAAGCGAAUCGAAGUCGAAUCGAACAGGAAGCUCUUGAGUCAAAGCUGUUGAACGCAGAGCAACUGUUCCUACUUGCGAUGCAUCCUGCGUCUGAUCUGGAAUUUCCUCGGGCGCCUUCAUCGAAAUCAAACGAGGAAUGGGCUGAGCCUGGCUGGCAAAUGGUUCUGACAGUGCCAUCCAAAAAGAAUAGCGGGAUUCUACCAUGCACACCUAGUUUUUCACUUCCGGAAAUUAAUACUUGCGAAAUGUUGUCGGCAACUGGUCGCCAGGCUUCGUCGCUUUUUAGAACUUCACAGCUCAAAGGGUUGGUAGCACCAAUGUCUGCAUUCGCGGUCGCUUCAAGUCCAGCUGAAACGACCGCCUCCUUGGCAAACCCAGUUAUAUGGUCAUCGGGGGAUCCCUUCUUUGCUACAGAUGAGGAUACGGCCCUUGGUUACGCAUUCCAUGCAAAACAAGCACCAACGAAGCCCCCCCUUCAAAGCAAAAAACCAUCCACCGCAAAAGAUCCAUCAAAAUUCGAUACGAUGAAAGCUUUGUACUCGGCAUCACAGAAGAGCAAAACAAGCGGACUUAAAACUGUAAAUCCAAUUACCGGUACAAAACGGAGCUCGGUUGAUAGUGCAAAGCUUGAUAAGUUUCUGCCAGUGACCACAAAGACAAGCUCAGAAGCUACACCACACAAAAGAAAGACGAGCGAUGUAUCUCAAAGUCAAAGUCGAAAAUUAGGACGGAAAUUAGAUCUGAUCUCGGAAGGACAGACUGCUGUUGCAGCAGGGAACACAGCAACACAGUACAACCAGUACAUGAAACAGCAAAUACAGCAACCGCAGCACUCCCAGCCACCAAUUCAACAGCAGCAGUAUUCUGAUCCAGCAUCCCAGGCUAUAAAAAGACAGCAAAGUUUGACCAAGCCACACCAAAGUCAACCAUCACAACAAGUACAGACUCAACAGCACCACCACCAACAACAAAUUCGGCACCCUGCACAGCAGCAGCAGCUCCAGGGUACACCGCAAGCAAAUCAAUAUUCAUCUCCACAACAACGUCAGCUUGCACAGCUUCAGAUGAUGCAACAACAGCAGCAUCAUCAACAACAACAACAAUCAACACCACAGCAACAUCACCAACAACCAACUCAGCAUCCUCAUCAGGCGCAGUCACCGCUUCAUCAAAUCACCCAACAGCCAUCUGUGAAAGCAAGUUUUAGUGCUUCUCAAGCAAUGCAGCCCAUGCAACAGUUCUACGCUCCGCUGACCCGUCCUACUGCUCCAAGUGGACAACAUCCACAGGUGAAUCAACUCGACAGGGUAUUUCACCCUACCCUUACUUUAAUUUCAAAUGUACUGUCGCCGCCAACUCGUUGGCAUUUGCGCUUCGGUGAAAUUGAUAUGGGAAGCUCAUCGCAACCAAGCUUUCUGUCAACACGAGAACAGAAUAUACUACACAAGCCUUAUCGAAUACCCAAGAGCGCAGUCUCUUUAUUUCACACGCUGCCAAUGACAGCUCUCAGCAAAUCAUCGUCUUUUCGAAGCGUCGCGCCCUGCCGCGUCUGCUUGUUUGGUGAGCAUCAGGAUUACCUCAAUCUUCCUGUGAUUGCUUUCGCGGGCCCAAUUCACUGCUGCAUCCAUGUUUCACCCUUGGUCGAUAGAGAAGAUCACGGAGAUACCACGUUGAAACUCCAUGUACCUUCUCUUAAUAAAACAGCAAUCUAUAAUCUGCGGAGUCUUCCCCCUCGGCAAGGUCCUGACACCUCGAAUCCCGACUUUGCUUUGGCAGCGAUACAUGAAGCUAUCGACGAUGGCUGGAUACUAAGUUCAGCCGAAGCGAUAUCAACGACCGAUAUUCCGAUGCAAGCCGGCUGUAGUAGCUCAACCGCCUUUGUCGUUGCAUGGGUCCAGGUACUUGCAACCCUUGCGGGUGAAGUUUUGACACCAGUAGAAGUUGCCCAGCGAGCACACCAAGCUGAGGUGACACAUUUUGGAGCGCCGGGAGGGACCAUGGAUCAUGUCACCAUAAGUUUAGGUGGCCUUCUCCGGAUCGGUCCAGCUCCGUGGGACUACGAGAUCAUUCCCAAUCCUGAAAACGGCGUUUGGAUCUUGUCGUACUCAGGAGAACCAAAGGAGACUUUAAAACAUCUGAAGCGUUGCAAAUCGGAGCGUCUAGCCGUGUUCGAAAAGCUACGUCACGAUUGGGAUAGUAGCGCAGUACAAGAUCUUGACAACAAUGAGCUAACACUUCUGCAAGCCACUCGUACAAACCGAAAUACAGAGAGAGAAGCCUUUCAACUCUGGAGAUCUACAGCAGCUAGCGGAACAAACGGAAAGGCCCUUGGCUUUCUCAUGUCCACACACCACGGAGCUUUGCGCGAUGGUCUUGGUCUAAGUACCGUUUCUUUAGAGACUAUGAAUAGGGCUGCUUUGGAUGCGGGUGCGUGGGGUUUCAAGUUGUCGGGGUCAGGGGGUGGAGGUUGUGGGGUGGCUUGGGCGUCUGUUGACAAGGCUCAUAAUGUACGACGUGCUUUGGAACUAUGCGGAGCUGGACCUACAUGGAUAAUACAUGAGCCAUCAAAAGGAGCUUCAGUUGAAUUUGAUAUGGAUAAAAAAAAAGCAUCAUGA